AUGAAGCCUGAUUAUUUUAUGCUCUCUUUACUCAUUCCUGGCCCACAAUCACCGGGAAAUGAUAUUGAUGUCUUUCUUCAACCACUAAUUGAAAAAUUAAAAGAAUUGUGGGAGUUAGGUGUCGAAACAUAUGAUUCCAAAGAGAACAAAACAUUCAACAUGAGAGCAUGUCUUUUAUGGACAAUUAACGACUUCCCUGCGUAUGCUAUGUUAUCUGGGUGGAGUACAAAGGGAAAAUUGGCUUGUCCAUGUUGUAAUGAUGAAACUUCUUCUAUAUAUCUGAAACAUAGCCACAAGACUUUGUUAGAUGGAACAACUGUAUUUCAUAUAUUGCAAGGGGUAGAAAAUUCUUUUGGGAAGAAGCAAAGGAGAUCAAAGAAUGGCAUUUCAAAUUGGAAAAAGCGGUCAAUCUUUUUUGAUUUACCAUAUUGGAAGUUCAACAUGUUUAGACACAACCUUGAUGUCAUGCACAUAGAAAAGAAUAUAGUUGAUAGCAUUAUUGGAACUCUUUUGGAUAUUUCUGGAAAGACAAAAGAUCAUGCAGCUGCGCGUUUUGACCUUAAAGACAUGGGUAUCAGGAAAAACCUUCAACCAAGAGAUACGAAUGAUGGUAAAAGAACUAAGUUAGCAAAUGCAUGCUUCUCAAUGACUACAGCAGAGAAAACAAUCUUUUGUAGUGUGUUAAAAGGGGCAAAGUUACCAGACGGCAGUGCUUCCAAUAUCGCUCGAUGUGUGCAGCAAACAGAAAAGAAGAUUUCUGGUUACAAGACCCAUGAUGCUCAUUUCAUGUUACAUUACUUGUUGCAAGUACCGAUCAAAAGCAUACUUCCUGACCAUGUUGCCAUCGCUUUAGUUCACUUAUGUUCAUUUUUUCGCCGGAUAUGUCAGAAGGUAAUUAGCCUAGAUGAGGUAGUUAACUUAGAAGCAGAGAUUGCUAAGACAUUAUGCCAAUUGGAGAGGAUUUUUCCUCCAAGCUUUUUUGACAUAAUGGUGCACUUGCCUAUCCAUUUGGCAAAUGAAGUGAGGUUAGGUGGUCCAGUUCAAUAUCGUUGGAUGUACCCUAUUGAACGAUAUAUGUGCACACUAAAAUCGUAUGUUCGUAACAGAAGUCGUUCAGAAGGAUCCAUUGCCGAAGGAUAUUUGGCGAAUGAGUGUAUUAAUUUUUGCUCAAGAUAUUUGCCUGAAGAUGUCCAGACAAGAUUCAACAGAGUGCCUCGAAACAAUGAUGAGUGUGUUUCAGAUGAGCUGCGAACUCCGAGUUUGUUUCCAAGCAAAGGAUGUCCUUUGGGUGGAAAAAUGGGAGAUUUGUUCAUAGAGCAUGAGGAGGCAGUAAAUGACAACAAUCCACGAAGAACAAAGUGGGAGAAAGCCAAAGACCAUAGUCAACAGUUCUCAGAAUGGUUUAAAACUCGUGCCAUGAAAAAGGAUGUGCCUGGUUGGGCAAAAGGGUUGGCAAGGGGUCCAAAUAGAGUUGCAAAAAGAUUUUCAGGUUAUGUUAUCAAUGUGUAUAGGUUCCAUACAAGGCACCGUGAUGCGAGACAUAAAAUCCAAAAUAGUGGUGUCACAUUGGAGGCAUUGACUCCUAAUUUUGCUACUGUGAAAGAUAAGAACCCAAUUGAAGCAAAAGUAACCUACUAUGGUAGAAUAGUUGAUAUUAAAAAAUGCUACCAAGAAGAACCAUUUGUCCUAGCAUCCCAAGUAAACCAAUGCUUUUAUGUACAAGACCCAUAUGUGAGUGACAAACACUAUGUUAUGAAAACAAUUCGAAGAGAUUUAUUUAGGAUAAGUGAUGACCUUGAGUCUGAUUCCCCCAUAAUAUAUGCAAGGGAGCCAUGUGAACCUGAAGUGAUUCCCAGUCUCCCAAAUGAUAAUGGCGAAGUUGAUCUAGUGAGGAAUGAUCUACGAGCAACUAUUAUAGAUAUGGCUCCAAAUAUGUUUGCCAAACAACAUGGUGAGGAAGAUGAUGAGGAAAGCGAAUACGAGUACGUAGAGGACUCUGAUUCUGAAACUUCUUGA